UGUCACUUAUUUAAUGUGAUGGCCUCUUUCAACUUACAGGUCCCUCACUCCCGGCCCAUUUGGGGAAUCUGUUGAAUGAAUUACAAAUAUGCCUACACCUCGUAGACCAAUGACAGCCACAAUUGAGCCUUUCUCUACAUUGCUCAACUUUCAACCCUUACCUACCUCUAAAUAACAAAAAGGUGUAAUGAAGUAGUGGAAAGAACGAUGCCAACACGGUUGCAGCAUUUCUUUCAAAAUCUGAUAAAUCAUGCUGAGGAAAUUAUAUAACAACAUCAGGGCAUUUGUGGUUAUAUCUACAGAGUUUUCUAUUUAGCCCAUCUCUCUUCUCCAUCCCUUUGACCUUUUAGCAUUCCUCUUCAUACAGUUUCAUGUGUCCUUGACGAUCUGUAUCUUCAUUGUGUAUGCUACACAGUCCACAAUUACAUACAGCCAUGGAAGAACCACUUGACAACUCUAAGGGAGAAGUUAUCACCUGCAAAGCUGCUGUGUGUUGGGCACCUGGUGAAGCUCUGGUGAUGGAAGAAAUUCAAGUGGCCCCGCCGCAGGCUCUGGAAGUUCGCAUCAGAAUCAUAUGCACCGCUCUGUGUCACACUGAUGUCAGUUUUUGGAGUAAUAGACAGGAUAACACAAGGUAUCCUCGAAUUUUUGGCCACGAAGCAGUUGGAAGAGUGGAAAGUGUUGGGGAAAAUGUGAAGGAUAUUGAGGAGGGAGACCUGGUGAUACCUGUGUUCAUGCCGCAUUGCACUGAGUGUGUGGAUUGCAAGUCAACCGAAAGCAAUAUGUGUGCCAGAUUAGAAAGUAAAAUUGCAGGACUGAUGACAAUUGACAAUAGCGCCAGAUUCAGCAUCAGUGGGAAACCCAUAUACCAUUUUUUCGGUGUUUCCAGCUUCACCGAAUACACUGUUGUAGAAGUUGAUUCUGUCGUCAAGAUAGAUCCAAUGGUUGCCCCUGAUAAAGUUUGUCUUCUUAGCUGUGGGGUCACAACAGGGUUAGGUGGGGUUUGGAAGGUGGGCAAUGUAGAGAAAGGCUCAACUGUGGCUGUCUUUGGUUUAGGAACUGUUGGCAUGGCUGUUGCAGAAGGGGCAAGAAUCAGAGGUGCAUCUAGAAUCAUCGGUGUCGAUGUGAAGCCCGAAAAGUUUGACAUUGGAAAGAAAUUCGGUGUUACAGAAUUUGUGAAUCCUAAAGACCAUGAAAAGCCUGUUCACCAGGUGAUCAAAGAAAUGACUGCAAGUGGGGUGGAUUACAGCUUUGAAUGCACAGGCAACAAGUCUGUCAUUGUUGAAGCCUUCAAAAGCACUCGUAAUGGAUGGGGUACCACAGUGGUUUUAGGAUCGAAUAGGACAGAGAUACCCAUAGACUUUGGAGAAUUGCUAGGCGGUAAGACCAUAAAGGGGUCAUUAUUUGGAGGAAUGAAGGCAAAAAUAGAUCUGCCCCUACUGGUGGACAUGCAUAUGAAAAAGGAGCUUCAGCUAGAUGGUUUCAUUACUCAUGAAAUCUCAUUUCCAGAGAUCAGCAAGGCAUUUGAGUUGUUGACAAAAGGAGAGUGUUUGAGAUGCAUCAUGUGGAUGAACAGGACAUUGCAGUAGCAUUCUACACCUGGUUACAGAGAACACUUGGGUUUCUUAGUAUUUUAGGCUAUUGCGGAGAAUAUGUAUUUUUACAUCUCUGAUCCAACUAUGUUAGAUUCUGUCAGAAAGGGAAGAGGAUUUGCACUCCUUUUCAUAAUAAAGUUGUUAUUGUUUUGUUGUGUUGAUCUUAAGUUUCAUAUUAUGGCCUUGUUUGAGUUCUUUAGCAGUGAAAGAUGUUUGCUGCCAGGACAUAUUAUUGUAAUGCAUAAGUUAAUUGAACAUGUGGGCUGUUUGGAUAACUUCAUCACAUUCUAGUUCUCAGAAAUUGAGCACUAAAAGAAUUCUUCAGUUGAUAGCAUACAUGGAAACUCAGUAGUAUAAAUAGAAAAUACCAAAACUUAAUUCA